AUGCUUGUUCACAUCUAUCUAUCACCGUCUCUCUAUCUCUAUGCUUGUUCAUAUCUAUCUAUCUAUCUAUCUAUCUAUCUAUCUAUCUAUCUAUCUAUCUAUCUAUCUUCAUGCUUGUUCACAUCUAUCACCGUCUCUCUAUCUCUAUGCUUGUUCACAUCUAUCUAUCUAUCUAUCUAUCUAUCUAUCUAUCUAUCUAUCUAUCUAUCUAUCUAUGUCUGUGUGUGUGAGUGUACAUUAUUCUACUCAUCUCUUUCUUUCUCUUCGCUCAGGGGGCGAAUGAACCGGGCUCGCCGUCCGCGCUCAAACUCCCUCGCCGUCCGCGGCGCAAAACUCUUUCGCCGUCCGCGGCGCAAACUCUCUCUCGCCGUCCGCGGCGCAAAAAAAACUGAUUUCUGUCGGGAUUUUCCAUUUUCGGUAAUUCACUUUCACUCCUACUUCCUUAUUGUGUCUCUGAGGGCGUAUACCCCUUCCCCGCUUCUUCUUAUCGGCUUCUCCACUUACACCUCUGACAGGGGCGUCGACCGAUUCUCCUCGUGCGUCACGUGGCCGCUCUCGGCCAAUGAGGUCCUGGUCGGGUAUUUUUUCCUCCUCCUUCGUGCGCCACGUGAUCCCAUCUAG